UCUGAUAUGGCUCCUCCUGCUACAGUAGAACGGGGCUAGACGUAACACCAGUGCAGAGGAACGGGAAUAACACACGGCGAUACGUUGUUUUCUCCAGGUGCCACGGCUAAAGAUGGCAGAUCGUGCAAUGCUGAAGAAAAAUACAUAGAUGAUGUGCUUAGAGUCGCCUCUUCUGCUGUGAAGGCUUCGACGUUUCUUUAGGAUUACCAACACCGCAAAUGAACUCCGUCAGAGCAAGUAACGUUAGCAGAAGACCUAGACGAGUCUCGAGGCCGCGCCCGGUACAGCCGGAGAGGAACCACCAGGAAAGAGAUGAGGACGUUCCUGCAGAUAUGGUCGCAGAAGAAUCCGGUCCAGGAGCUCAGAAUAGUCCCUACCAACUUAGAAGAAAGUCUCUACCCAAGAGAACAGUGUGUCCGACAAAGACUAACAUGGAGGGUGCUUCCACUUCAGCCACAGAAAACUUUGGACACCGACCUAAGCGCCCAAGAGUUUCAGGAAAGUGUCAAGACGUACCAGCAGCUCCAGCAGAGCAGUAUUUGCAGGAAAAGCUUCCAGACGAGGUGGUGCUAAAGAUCUUCUCGUACCUGCUGGAGCAGGACCUGUGCCGCGCAGCGUGUGUGUGCAAGCGCUUCAGUGAGCUGGCCAACGACCCCAUCCUCUGGAAGAGGCUGUACAUGGAAGUGUUUGAAUACACGCGUCCCAUGAUGCACCCUGAGGCGGGGAAGUUCUACCAGAUCAACCCAGAAGAGUACGAGCAGCCGAACCCGUGGAAGGAAAGCUUUCAGCAGCUGUAUAAAGGAGCACAUGUGAAGCCGGGCUUUGCAGAGCACUUCUACAGUAAUCCUGCCAGAUACAAAGGGAGAGACAACAUGUUUUACUAUGACACCAUUGAGGACGCUCUGGGUGGGGGUCAGGAGCCUCACUUUGAUGGCCUGAUAUUCGUCCACUCUGGCAUUUACACAGACGAAUGGAUCUACAUCGAGUCGCCCAUCACAAUGAUUGGAGCCGCUCCCGGUAAAGUAGCAGAGAAGGUCAUCAUAGAGAACACCAGAGACUCAACUUUUGUAUUCAUGGAAGGCUCAGAAGAUGCUUAUGUUGGAUACAUGACCAUCAGGUUCAAUCCCGAUGACAAAUCCGCCCAGCACCACAAUGCACACCACUGCUUAGAGAUCACAGUCAACUGCAGUCCCAUCAUCGACCACUGCAUCAUACGCAGCACGUGCACAGUGGGGUCGGCUGUCUGUGUCAGCGGCCAGGGGGCGUGUCCCACGAUCAAGCACUGCAACAUCAGUGACUGUGAAAAUGUCGGUCUUUACAUCACUGACCAUGCACAGGGAAUAUACGAAGACAACGAGAUCUCGAACAAUGCUCUGGCCGGGAUCUGGGUUAAAAACCACGGCAACCCGAUCAUCAGACGGAACCACAUCCACCACGGCAGAGACGUCGGCGUCUUUACAUUCGACCACGGCAUGGGUUACUUUGAGAGCUGUAACAUCCAUAGGAACCGCAUAGCCGGCUUUGAGGUGAAGGCGUACGCCAACCCGACGGUGGUUCGUUGUGAGAUUCAUCACGGUCAGACGGGGGGCAUCUACGUGCACGAAAAGGGCCGCGGGCAGUUCAUCGAAAACAAGAUCUAUGCAAAUAACUUUGCCGGGGUGUGGAUCACCUCCAACAGUGACCCCACGAUAAGGGGCAAUGCCAUUUUCAAUGGCAACCAAGGUGGCGUUUAUAUUUUCGGUGACGGCCGAGGCCUCAUUGAAGGAAAUGACAUCUACGGUAACGCCCUGGCAGGAAUCCAGAUCAGGACCAACAGCUGCCCCAUUGUCCGACACAACAAGAUCCACGACGGCCAGCAUGGCGGCAUAUAUGUGCAUGAAAAGGGACAAGGCGUCAUCGAAGAGAACGAGGUGUACAGCAACACGCUGGCAGGAGUGUGGGUGACCACGGGCAGUACGCCAGUCCUGAGGAGGAACCGGAUACACAGCGGGAAGCAGGUUGGGGUCUACUUCUAUGACAAUGGCCACGGCGUGCUGGAAGAUAAUGAUAUCUACAAUCACAUGUACUCUGGAGUUCAAAUUAGGACCGGCAGCAAUCCCAAGAUCAGGCGGAACAAGAUCUGGGGAGGCCAGAAUGGAGGCAUUUUGGUUUACAACUCAGGCUUAGGCUUCAUUGAGGACAAUGAGAUCUUUGACAAUGCGAUGGCGGGAGUGUGGAUCAAGACCGACAGCAACCCCACUCUACGGAGGAACAAGAUCCACGACGGGCGGGACGGUGGGAUCUGUAUAUUCAACGGAGGACGAGGCUUGUUAGAAGAAAACGACAUCUUCCGAAACGCCCAAGCAGGAGUCCUAAUUAGCACCAACAGCCACCCCGUGCUGCGGAAAAACCGAAUAUUUGACGGCUUCGCGGCAGGUAUUGAGAUCACCAAUCACGCCACAGCGACCCUAGAAGGCAAUCAGAUCUUCAACAAUCGCUUCGGCGGAUUGUUUCUUGCAUCGGGUGUCAAUGUUACAAUGAAAGAUAAUAAAAUAAUGAACAAUCAGGAUGCCAUUGAAAAGGCUGUGAGCAGAGGUCAGUGCCUGUACAAGAUUUCAAGUUACACCAGCUACCCAAUGCACGAUUUUUACAGGUGUCACACCUGUAACACAACAGACCGCAACGCCAUCUGUGUGAACUGCAUCAAGAAGUGUCACCAAGGGCACGACGUGGAGUUCAUCCGACACGAUAGAUUCUUCUGUGACUGUGGAGCGGGGACGCUGUCAAAUCCCUGCACAUUAGCUGGAGAGCCGACUCACGACACAGACACACUGUAUGACUCCGCUCCUCCUAUAGAGUCCAACACACUGCAGCACAACUGAGCUCCAGACCCGAGCUCCUCGUGCGCUUCAAUGGACAAAAGACACUUUACGUUGUGCAGUGGAGGAGAUCCAAACUACAAUACAGAGCAUAUUAAGCGACUUAAAGAAAACAAAAAAAAAAAAGACUUGGACAUGAAUAUGCUUAAAGGAGACAUUUAAGAAAAAACAAAAAAGUCUUGAUUUUGGAUGCCUCGCUUUUUUCUUCAAUUAUUUGACUUUAAAAAAAGACAUCGGCGGGAGAGAGCAGCUGACUCAGGGUUUGUGGGCGUGUCGGUUUGGUGAAGCUGGUGAGAGAUGGACAAAAAGCCGCAGAGGCUCACCUGCUUUUAGGAAACAGAAGAACAAAAUACUGCAGCCAUGUACAGACGCUCCGUCAGAACAGGCACAACUUUUCUCACGAGGCAAAAAAAAAAAGGCCCCAAAUACAACAAUGCUUCCAUCACUGGGCAACCGACGUGCUCGUAUGAUAUGUACGGCAAAAAUGACCUAGCACUUCAGCUUUUUUUGUUUUCAUCAAGACAACUGUUGAGAUUUGAUUUUAAUGCUUUUUGUGUAGUUUUGUAUUUUCAUGCAAAAAUCUUACUGUACUUGAAUGUCUUUAUUUUAUGUGUUUUUUUUGUUAUAUACCUUUUAGAAUAGCUGUAAUUCUACAUGUCGCAGUAUCCAACUUCUUUCUGUGAAAGAGAAAAGAGGAAAACACUAAACAUUUUCUCCAGCAAUGUUGACUCAUUUACAUUUGCAAUACCGAUGCUGAAAUGUGCUUUCACCAGACUUGUAUAUAUAUUUUCUUUUUGUUUGGAGUAGCACCAUCAAUGUUUCUGUAUGGGAGCUGAACAGGUUUCUGUUCUUUUACAUAAUCUAUGCAUAUUUUGUUUAUUCUGUUCGUAUUGGCCCGUCACGUUAAACCCAAUUUACAGGAAGAGAGACGUUUAGCCACAUGGUAUUCUUCUGAAGAUGCAGCCUUUUGCUUUCCUCGUCACAUAAGAGAAGCAUUAUUAUGCAGCCGUUAAACAUUUGGAUGGUUGUAACUUCUGUGGUACAUUGACUAACUAUAAAAUCUAUAUACAUCUUAACCUGUUUUAGAAUCAAUGUGGUUUUAUUUUCUUCUUUUAAUAAAAGGCACAAAUGCUGCUUCUUGGUCUGUUAAGAUACUUUGUCAAAGAAGCGGAGACGAGUCUUGUGAAAGCUCAGCUCAUUUAUGUUUUCCCUUGUUUACCAAUGUUGCUGGAGAAUUUCAAAGGCUUUCACUCUGCUGAAGCUGAGACAAGUAUCCAUACACAGCGCUAUAUGGUUCCAUCGCCGCCCCCCCUCCCCACUCAUGUGUACUGGUGAUUGUGGGUUCUCAUACAGACUGAAAUGUAUGCAUGUAUCAUAACAUCUAGACUUAAUAUAUUGUGAAGUAUUCAAUAACCGUUAUGUAGGCGCUAGCGUGAAUUAAAAGGGUUUAAUUUCCUAGAUGAAACAUUGUCAUUUUUUUUUUUUUUUUUAAAUAAACUUUAUUAGAUCA